UGGAGCGGGCACUGGCCUUUUCUUUUCUCAUUCUCAUCGUGCUGUGUUAAUUGAAUGCCCGGUGUUCACAUAGCUAUUUGUAAUCCGAGUCCGAGCUGGAACAAAUUGUGUGAAGAUGAGUAUCGAGCGUGAGUUCGAUUGCUCAGGUAUUUAAGCAGGGAAUGCAUGAAAUACUUCAUCUCGUCUUGAGCCAACAUCUCACUCAUGUCAUCGAUAACCCAAAAACUCACAUUUACUACUGCCAGCGUUCAGAAUGUUGUCAUUUCCAACCCGACUGACGCGCUCUUCUACGAGGUGUUGACUCCUGAAUGGGAAUCGCAACAGACGACAGUGCGCCGACUGGACACUCGUGCACAACGAUAUGACACUAUCGGUAGCAUCCGAAGCCAGUCGGGCAAGCCCGUCGCAGUCAGCAUGUACAACGGAGAAUUCGUCAAUGAGCAGUUAUGGUUGCGGUCAAUCAAGGGACAAAACCAACAGAGUCGAUGGGAAUUUGAUGACGGCGAGGGAAACUAUUUCUCCUGGACUGUAGCAGGUUCCAAUUUGGAGCUUCGCAGGGUUGAUGAGAGUGGAGUGCAAAGUCCGAACCCUAUAGCAACAUUCUACCCCCACAGGCGUUACUUCAUGAUCGCCAUGAUAUCGCAACAAGCAUUUUUGGAGAUCGACUCAUCUGUGGUGGAUUCCUUGGAUACAGUACUAGGUGCGGUACGCUGAAGCGAGAAAGUGAAGACGCUAACGAUGCUGUAGUUUCUCUACUCGUGCUUGAACAGAAACGGAGAAAGUACAGUCUUGGAACAUGCUAGAGCAGGAGCUUUUAGACGCUUGAACAUUUUCAACUAGAUUCCACACCAUUAGUGC